AGGCGCACGAUGCUUCUGGACUACAUGGGUUCCUUGUUGGUCAAUGAGCCGAAUCAUUUCCCAAUCUUAACCUCCAGACCAGGUGUUCUGGCGAUGCGGGAAAAUGAAUUCAUGGCUACGCGAGGCUUUGUGUCUGUGACACUGUCGCGCCUAUCCAGCGAAGAUGCUUUAAUUCUCAGUCGCAGGAUGAUGGCGAGACUGGGGGAUAGCGACGAUGUCAUCGGAAAGGUUUCGAAUCUCCUCAACAAUCCUGCCUACCACACGCUGACAGGCAAUCCCUUGUGUCUGGGCUUGCUGACCAAUGUUCUUCGCAAGUCUGACUUGGAUUCAGCAAAAAACAAGAUUCUUGACAAGGUUGAAGUCUACGCGCGGGCCUUCAAAUUGAUGCUGCACCAAUCUGACGCUGCGAAAUUCGCGUCGCGGGAUGGCAAAAGUGAUCAAGCAAUGGUCAAACACCUGGAAAACCUCAAGGGCUCUGAUGCCCGGAAGUAUUUCCAAAGUGUUGCCUGGCAGGGCCAAUCCAAUCGCUUGCGAGCCAUGACCAUGGAGAUGUUGCAAGAGGUCUCCGGAAAUGAGGAACUCUUCGACUCGUUUUCGGUGUUGCUGAAGCAGGGCCGUAUUCCCGUUUUCCAGAAGAUUGAUGCCUCCGGUGCUGAGCAGUAUCAACUUGCUCACUUGUCGUUCCAGGAAAUGCUGGCAGCAGAAUUUUGCUCGGGUGUAGUUUACUUUGCGAAGAACAAGAACCAAGUGAGGGAAUACUUGAAUUUCAUGCUGUCAAAUUCUUCCAAAGCUUUGGAGAGAGAUCGCGUGGCUGACAACUGGUGGUUACAAGUUUGGUUGUCCGUGGGCAAAAUGUUGGAUUCCGCCGAGUACAAUACGUGGUGUUCGUUCUUGGCGUCCGAUGAACGGACCUGGUUGACGCCCGGAAAGAGAUGUUAUUUCAUUGUAGACGACCCCAUUCGGAGGUCAGGCAUCCUUGGAAAGCUUCAGAGACCAAAAAAGGACUGCGACAAAGAGAUGAUCAAACAGAAAGCCGAAGGACUUGUCUUUUUUGAUGUCAUUUAUGUGGACCAUCAGACCCAAAAGGCCCAGUUGCGACCAAUGGUUGAUUCGUGGAGCGAAAAAGUGGUAUUUAAGCUUGACGCCUCUUUGUUGGGGGGCUGGAUACCCAUUGGAUUUCUGUACACAUGUCCAGUGCCUUCUGCAUCUGUGAACUUCGAGCUGCAAGCCGUGAAUGUACUGAUGAAUGAGGCCGUCAAACUCUCCCACGAUCAGUUUGUGAUGGAUUUGGUGACAAGGGGAGUUCACAUUGGCAUUAUGGACAAGCAUUUCAUGACGGUGGCCAACCUGUCUGUACAGCAGGAAGGUUUUGAACUGGCAUCUCUCUUGGCUGAAAGACAGGUGGAUUUGGAUGCUGGAUCCUAUACACAUCCCCGUUUAAAUUUGUCGUCGCGCUACAGAUAUAUGAACCCGAAAUCUCCAGAUGUCCAAAGACCUACUGUGUCCUCUGUCCAGUUGGACCGCUUCAAAUUGCGGCUUGGGAAGGCUGGAGUUCUCCGCGAUGCGCUGGAAGGCGAGUGA